AUUGAAAACAAUUCACAUCUUCUUGUCUCUGCGUUGUUGCUCGCUCUGGAGAUCGCCGUCAUCUCCGCAACGUCAUGUGGCCGCUCCGGCUGCCGUAGUUAGCACCGCGUCCAUCGGGCCAAGCUGGCGUCAACACAAACAGCUCAACUUGCACCGGGACCGAUUGUCUCGCCUCUCGAUAUCUCUGGGACAUAUCUUCAAUCUGGGAUCCUCAGCUGCAUCAAGGUGAUCCUCUGGCAGCGAUCACUGCCGCCAUGAGGCUCCUCACCGCCGUUGCGCUGCUAUUGACUAGCUGCGCGCACGCUGCAAACCCCAAUUCCACAUAUACUUCCUCCGAGGCCCAAGUCCUCCCGAGCGACUUCAACCCUCCUCAGACGUUUAAGAAUCUGAAUAUUCUACGGAAUAUCAACCUCGAUAAAGGCUAUGUUAGAGAAACGAUCAAUGCUAUCAUAGAAAACAUCGACAAGCAACCCCAGUCGAAGUACUACCUCCCCUUCUCAAAUGCACUGAUAGACAAAGUCGGGGGGCUCGAAGCAUGGGAGAAGAACGCAGAAGACAAUGGCAGAUUUAAGGUAGAGCGUACACAGUUGCUUUCUCAGAGCUCCGAUCAAUACUUCGUCAUAAAUCUUCCCAAACCCCUUGAACCUGACUCUCGAUUGACCCUGAGCAUAUCCUACUAUCUUCUCUCCGCUCUUAAUCCCCUCCCUCCUGCCAUUGAACAAGAUGCCAAACAGUACUUUGCAUAUACAUUUUCCGCCUAUGCGCCAUCUGCCUAUGUUACGUAUGCGCAGAGGACAAAAGUCAAGUUCCCCACGACUGAUAUCCCCGAUUAUACGACGACAAGCGGAAUGAAAGUUGGUUCUGGAUCGGACCCCGAGAAGCAAGGCAACACUUUCACCUAUGGUCCAUAUAAUACCAAGGACGUAACUCCUGGCACGAUCGAACCUAUCACUGUCCGAUACGAAUUCACCAGACCGAUAAUUACUGCUACGCUUCUUGAGCGCGACAUCGAGGUGUCACACUGGGGCGGUAACCUUGCGACAGAAGACAGAUACUGGCUCCAGAACAACGGAGCUCACUUAGCCAAACAAUUCUCCCGCGUUGCCUGGUCCGUCAAAACGUUGCAGAACGCCCCGAGCGUGGCCAUCAGCGCUCUUAGGGUCACGCUCAAGUCCGGCGCUGUUGACCCUUAUUUCAUCGAUGAGAUCGGGAAUGUCUCGACCAGCCGAUUUACUCGUGGCCAGGGAGCCCGUGCCUCCGUCCUUGACAUUCGUCCGCGAUACCCUGUUUUCGGAGGCUGGAAGUAUAGUUUCCGAAUCGGAUGGAAUAUUGAUCUCUCUUCAUUCUUGCGCAAAGCAACCUCCGGUGACACUUACAUACUAAAGGUUCCCUUCCUCGAUUGUCCGAAGAUGCCAGAAGGCCUUCAGUAUGAGAAGAUUGAUCUACGGGUGAUCCUUCCCGAGGGAGCGAGAGGUGUAAAGUAUGAACUGGUUAAUGGUGUGGGCCUGCCAAACAACAUCCAGUCGGAGACCACUCUCUACAAAACAUACAUGGAUACCGUCGGAAGAACAGUUCUCAAACUGAGCAUGACAAACGUCGCCGAUGAAGCAAGAGAUGCUCAAUUAAUUGUUACCUAUGACUAUCCAUUCCUCGCGUCGUUCCGCAAACCGAUGGCAGUCUUCGUGGGCAUGUUGAGCGUUUUCGUUGCGGCCUGGGUGAUCGGAAAUAUAGACGUCAGCAUCAAAAAGAGUUUUAUGUCUUUGUUGUAA